CCUUUCCCUGUCGUUGCGAAAGACGAUGAUAACUUCACCUGGGACUACCAACUUUGGUCUCCUGACGGACUUCAUAUGUCGACUCUCGGCUACAACUUUGUGGGGGGAGAACUGGGAUCCCUUAUCCAGCAAUUACUCAGUGAAGAGAAACCUGAAGAAGAGUAGAGUAGAUAAUUGGACCUGGAGUGUCGACGGCGUUGAAUUCCAUUGCGGACAAGAGCAACUGCCAUUCUCAUCGGCUUGGUGCUUCCCGGUACUGUCAUCGUCGGACAAAUGACAUGUCGAAAGCACCUUCCUCCAAUAUCUCAUCCUGGCUUAUUAUACUGGUAGAGUUGACGACUGUGUAUGAAUUUCCUUUCUCCCAGAUGACGUUCCCAAACCAAAACUUUGUCCGGACAGGAUGGUCUCUAGGGAUUAUCAUUCGAUCCUCGGUUUCUUCGCUCAAAAUCCUUAUCAUGAAAAUACAUUUCCUACUUGCUCUUAUUGCAGCCCUCGGAUGUGAUGGCCGAAGACCUGACACGGAGACACACAUACGGCCAGAUUUAUUCGAAGCCGGAGACUCGUCAGAUCGGAGGGUUGUCUUUCGCACUCGUGACACAUCGGGUCAACGCAGUUCACAUCUCAUGCCGAAAUCAAGCCCCGACAACAGUCUUGAAGGAUCCCCUACGCUUGAAGAAAUCACCGACCAUCUCAUUUUCGACACUAGCCUCAUGGCGUUUCUCCGGGCACGCCGGCAUCAAGAACCCGCAGAAUUGGUCUGGACCUCCGAUGGCUGCAGCGGUGUUCCUAACUGGAUACAAAACAAACCAGGCUUCCCCUUCGUCCCGGCAUGUCUGCGACAUGACUUUGGGUAUCGCAACUACAUGGAUCAAGACCGGUUGACGCUUGAAUUGGUCCACGCGAUCGCCGAGAAGUUCGAAGAGGAUCUAAUGGCGUUGUGCGGGUGGCAACACAGCAUGGCCAUUCGGACUUGCACGAUGAUUGUGAAGCGAAUGGUUCCGAUUGCGCGGCAUCAUUCCGAGUAUGUGAGUGAUCCGUUGCGGUUUUGCUCGGGACCUCUCGGAUUCUAGCGUUUCUCACAGGAUGUCCUCCCAGAUGGCCGCCCCAGUUUCGGGCGUCGGAUUAAGCAGGACAUCGCUGACUUUCUGAUUGGAGACGGGUGACGGACAAAAUGGGGGAUAUUUGUGCGGAGUAGGGACGGGA